AUGGACAUCUUCCGAAGAUUGACGAACCCUACUCUCAAGAAGCUGUACAGAUUUGUGCUCAAGCGGCUGGUAGGCCGAUUCCUUGACGAUGACAUCGCCCUGGAGCAACUCGAUGUACAGCUCGGAGCUGGCCGGGUUGAGCUCACGGACCUGAAGAUUAACGUGGUCGCUCUGCAAGAACUUCUGCCGCCGGGCCUGUCGUUUCGCCUAGCAAAUGCUCAUGUCGGGACGUUACGAAUAGAGAUCUCGUACAGCAAGCUGCUCACGGAAAGCCUGGCCAUCUUCCUGGACGAUGUCCAGAUUGAGGUAUCACCUCCUCUCUCGGAGGCAAUCACGGCAAGCCCCCCGGGUGCUAGCGUCGAUGCUGAAGCGCAAGAGUCUGGACAAGCAAACGCUGCGGCAACAAAGGCUCGGCGAGAGGGUUUAGCGGCAGGGGCAGCACGGCCGGGAACGGAUGCAACGCAGAGUCCGCUAGCCGACCAGGAUCAAUUUGGCUUCGGCGAGUCGGGCGAGCGCUUGGACUUUCUGGCCAAGUGGAUCGAGCAGAUCACGUCCAAGGUCAAGGUUGUUGUGAGCGACCUGACUGUGAGAAUCACGGCAGAAGCCCAGGCGGAACGUGGUCAUACGGGACAGCCCAGCAGCGGCGGAGGUAGAAACAGCACGCCGUGUUUGAAGUUGCGAUGUAGCUCGCUCAAGUGGUGCGACGAGACACCCGAGGUGUCGUCGUUUAUUGCCGACCAGAGCGCAUCUACAGGAGUUAACCGGGCCGAAGGGCCUGGCAAAUUGAACGGUGGAACAGCAGCUGUUGUGCACAAACGCUUGACUCUUGGUCAGGUGGUUGCCGAGUUUCAGAGCGGUCAACGAGGACAGAAGCUUGAAGUGGUCAGGAUUGGUGGUACGGGAUGCGUCUUGAUCAAGCAGGGCAGAAAGCCGCAGCUAGGAUCAGCGCCGGCAGACGUGGUGUUGGACGUGGAUGUCUCACUACGUCACGCAGACAUCACACUGGGCAUGGACGAGUGCACAGAAGUGUUGGACACUGCCGUUGCAACUAAGCCGGUCAAGCCUCUUUUCCGCGAAGAUUUCUGGUACUUCGAGGGCGACAACGACAAUGGUUCAGGAGAGCUGAACUUCGACACCCUCUCGGGCCUGCUCGAGCAGUAUGCAGAGGCACGUGCUCGGCUGACGGAGGCUGAAGGCUACGGCCAGGGAGUCUUCGGUGCGGGCUCAUACUUGUCGUUGGGGCAAAGCGACGUUUUUUACGACUGCGAGGAAGGAAGCGACGACGGCAACGGGGGAGGAGGGGCGCGAGCAGACCGGCACGGUUCGAUGAAGUUCCGUAUGCGCAUGACUGGCCUCGACAUCACGCUGCUGCUCCCCCAAGAGUCGACGGGCCCUCUGGGGGGGAGUACUGCCAGCGCAAGCACAAGCGCGCGCUACGUGCGCCUCCAGUUGAGGCGAUUGAGCCAGACGCUGCAUUGCGCUGGGAGUUGGAUGCAUUCAGUGUCCGAGGUUGGCACCUACCUCACCGACUGGAAAGACGGGAAUGACUCGUGCGUGCGGGUGGUGGAAGUCUUGGGCGCAGCUGAUUCGUCCCCUUCUGUGCAGAUAAGUUGCACCAUGGGAGAAGGAGGCGAACCACUAGGAGAGAAGAAUGGAGCCGAUAGCGAGGAUGUUGCCCUCGAAGUCCGUUGCCUGGAGGUGGCUGCGGUCCUGGACCCACGACUUGUGAGCUGUCUUAGCCUUUUCCUGGUGCAGGUCGAACUACGGGCAGAGCGGGCCGACGACACCAAUGGAGGUGGCGGGAAUGGUCAGGGCGUGGGUGUGCCGUCGAGUGGUAGCACUCGCGACCCGCGCGUUGUAGUGGCUGUGGCGGUGCCUAAGCUGACGGUUCGGGUCCCGGCAGACCCGAGCACUUGCUCAUCAGACGCACACGCUGCUCUGAUAAGAAGCGUUCAGAAAGGUUCCAGCCCCGUUGGGUGGGCCCCGCGGGAAGAGGUCCCCGGGGACGCGGCACCGAUGCUUGUGGUGGAGGUUGAAGGCGUCGAGGUUCGACUUGCCUUUGGUGCAUCAAGAACGCAACAAACCGUGCUAGAAUGCACCCGGGUGGCGUGCCAAAUGAUCCUGGUCUGCGACGAUGGUUCAAGACAUGGUGGAGGUGGGGGGGGGCUGAUGAAGCUCUAUUUCCUCGAGGCAUUCCGUUCCGCGGCUGAAACCACCUUGAGGGUGGAUUAUGGCCUUGCGAAAGACAUAAGGAAGGCAGGGCAGCUGGAUCUGGCGCGGCCUGGCGACGCGGGCCUUAAUUUCCUGCAUACGUGGGAGCCAAAUGAUGGCGUGGAGAGCGGCUUGGACGACCACCCCCCCUCCGGACGCUUUAGUGAGGGACUGCAGGAUGGCGAUUGCCACGCCCCCGAGGGGGGUGAGUCCCCGACGCGCAUCUUGCUUUGCGUUCUACCCCGUCUGGCGGUGGAGUUGUCGCGGUUGGAAGUGGUCGUUCUGGCCGACAUUUUGGGUGGGUUCGCCCCUCGCUCGGAAGGAGCGGCCGGCGCGAGUCCUGUGGAGGAUGUGGGCGCAGCACCCGUCCAUUCCCUGGAGGUUGUGGUGGAGGCGCGUGGCGCGACGGUUGUGUUGCACGAGGCAGCGGCAUUCGCAGAGGAUCCUGGCCCGCAUUCGUUCGUCCUAAGUCUUGGGGACGCGUGCCUGCGCACGGGCGGCGGCAGCGAGAAGUCGAUCGACGGGAGCCCUGCUCCGCUCGUGACGGUGUUGGCUGGAGACGUGUGUGUGCAUGAAAAUUUGCGCUGCUCCCCUGGGGAUCGUUCUAGCAUGUCCGGGGAAGGACGGCUAAAUGGGCCGCUGCUUUUCCUGCCUGGCAGAGACGAGUCAGCCUACCCAAUGGUGGAAGACCUGCCUACACUUGGAUUUGUUCCUGUCCUGUACCAGACGAAGUGGGUCAAAGGGACUUCUCCUAUCGCUGCCGAGCUUGUGCUAGGAGUAAGCGAGUCAGGGGCAGCGUUCAAAACUAUUACAGCAACGCUGAACCUGUAUGAUGUUUCCUUGAGGCAUACGGUGGCCUCCAGCUGGCUGCCUCGCCUCUUGGGCUUGGUGGUCGGGGAUGUGCCAGCGGGGCGAGCGGUUUCUUCGAACUGCUGCAAAGCAGGCGCUGGCGUCGGCGCGAAUGAGAUCGGGGAAGCCGGUGGCGGGAGCUUGACGAAGAUGUUCAUCACGGUGUUCAAUGGUGUGGUUGACUACAUGCCGCAGUCACAAGGUCCUGGAUGUAAGCGCAUGCCGGCCUGUACUCCUGGAGUAGCUUCAGGAGCUCCAACAACCGGGACCUUGCCGCCAACGGAAGGGCGAGCGGUUUUUCCCAUAGGCGUUCUGAGAGUAUCGAGCAACAUGGUGGCGGGCGCACCAAUGCAGGGCUUCAAAGUGGUCAUCCGAGAUAUCGGCCUGCAUAUGUCGAACCGCGUCACGGACUACAGCAAGGAGGAUGCUGGGCUAUGCCGGGGAGCGCUAGAAGCGCAGAGAGGACCAGUCGUGUCCCCGAUGAAGACCGAAUUCUCCUCUGUGCAGGAAUUUCUGGAGUCAUCGCAGUUUGUGCAAAUCGCUACGCUCAAUUUUCUGGAUGCAUUCUUGCGGACCCGUUCGCAUGUGGUGGCGCCUUCAGACGCGUUCACGGCCGUUGAGCUCUGGAUGGGAAUCGUGCACGUGUAUACGUGCCACGAUUCGCUCAGUACCUGCCAGGCAUUGUUGGGAGAGUGGUGGGCGUUGGUAAGCGAAGUCCGCCCAGCGGCCGUGGUGCCAGCGGAUGUUGGCAACACCAACUCACCCGCCCCCAAGCGUCAAGCGGGGCGAGUAUCUCAUGGCGAGGCCAAGCAGAGCGCCCCCAAAUCUUUGCUGGAUGGUGUGGAACAAGACGCCUUCCUGCCUGGGAGCAGCAGAGGAUCUUCCGGGGUUGCACAAGGCAAGCCCCCCCCUGGUUUGAUGGACAGCCCUCGGUAUCCAGGCCAACCUCGCAAGCAGUCUCUCGUGAUCGAGGACUUCUAUUGCGUGUCUGUCGAACCCCCCCCCCCCCAGACGGGAACCUCGGCUCUCCAGGUAGAUGCGCUCGACAAUGAUUCUCUCAACUCUCCUCCACCACCUGGCCAAGGCUCAUCUUUCCUUUCGGAGGGCGAGGGACCAGCUCAGUGGCUGGCCGCUCCUAAGAUCGACCAAGAUCAUGGCGAAGGCCUUUCCAUGGAGAUGGCUGAUGACACUUCCGACUCCGAGGGUGAAGGGGAAGGUGAAGCAAAAGCGGUGGAAUCUGGUCCGCUCCAACCAGUUACACGGCGAAGCACCUUCGGGUUCAGCUUGCCUGCACCGAUUGAGAUUGAGUUGGAGGAUCGGCACGACGCUGGAAUCUCAGAGGAGAAAGAGUCAGUGAAUCUGGAAGAGCAGGGAGUAGUAAGGCCGGCUUCUUUUUCGCCCGAACGGGGAGACUUAAGGUCAGAGCGGGCUGAUUACUCGAGUCAGGAGGAAGACGAUGGGGCCCUUUCUCCUCGAGAAUGUGCCGAAGAUGAACAGGAGCUUGGCGCGCUGGAUAUGCCGGUGAACAUGCCCCCGGUGCCAGAGAUGUUACCUCGCCAAAGCUCUUUACCGCUCGGGGAGCAGGAAACGUCUCCCACGCAGGCCGAACGCGGUUCAGCUGGUAGCGUGCCGGAGGUUGUUUAUGGCGAACCAGCAGUGGAGAUCAGCGCUCCCAUCAGGACGGGGCCUGUGCAAGGCGAGCAGGAGGCCCGGUGGCUAGGCCGGGAUCGAGAAAGUGAGAGCAGCGGGGUAGCAGGCGAUGGAACAAGCUCUUCCUCCCACCAAGCCGAAGACUUUCGCGUCUACCCACACUACGUUCCUAUCCCCACCACGGCGGAAGCGACGUCCUUGCCGUUCUUGUCGGGUGACCCGCUACUGGCAUUGGGGCACGGGCUCGAGAAACAUGCCGACGGAGAAGCCGACACAGAAGGGUCUGAGCGGAUAGACCAAAAGCUGCAAUUUCAACUUGCGAUUCACGACCUGUCCAUUUGCUGGCGACUCUUCAAGGGGAGAGACUGGGUAGAGAGGAGUGCGAGCGAAGACGAUCGGACUCCGCACGCAGGAAGCAGCGUGGGUCGGCGCCACCAGAGAAUAUCGACCAGAAAGAUGGGCGACCCGGCUAAGGGAAAAGGCCGCCGCCGCGAACACGCGAACGACGGCGCCGACACGUCCUCGACGGCAGGCGGAGGGACGAAGCCCCGAAAAGCGGAAUUGCUUGACGCUCUGCUCGAGAACUAUCAGGAUGACAAAGGAGGGCGUGGCGAGGCCCAGGCAGGGCGUCGUGCGUCACGCCAGCCGAAGGUCAAGCUCUUGAAACUCCCCCGAGAGUCCGGAGGAUCAAGCCGAUCUGGAAGGCGCACAGGACGGGACACUUCUUGCAUGGUCGAGGUUGUUCUCGAGAAUUCCAGUCUCCGAUUGGACAACUUCCACCCCGGGCCUCCAACGAGCCUGCUGUCGAACCUUCUCUUCAGCGUUAAGGACCUGCACGCGUCGGACACGCUUACCAGUAGCCGCCCGCGCAAGGCCCUGCAUCACUGGAGAGACGACCGCCGCCACCCACGAGAGUUCCAGCACAAGAUGGUGACCGUUCGUAUGACGACACGGAGUCCGUCAGACCACUUUUGCCCAGAAGAUGCUCCUCUGGGAGACGAGGUCAUGCUGAAGGUCCGAUUGUUGCCGAUACAUCUUUCGUUCGGACAGCACACGGUGGACUUCUUUCGCUCUUUUUCCCCCGAAGUGCAAUCAUCUCCGACUGCACACGAGAAACAGGCGGCGGGGGAGGACCCUACGGCUGCGGCCGAAAUGGGAGCUGGGCCGCUCUUCAUAUCGUGCUGCGAUGUUGGCUCUUUCAAGGUCAAAAUUGACUACCAACCACGCACGAUCAAGGUGGCGGCUCUGCAGAACGGAGACUACAUGGAGCUACUGAACUUGUUUCCUCUCGAGGGAGUGCAUCUGACGCUCCAAAAGGUCGUCCUCACCGGCGUUUCGGGAUGGAAUGGUGUCACGCAACUCCUUCUUCAGUCGUGGGUGCAAGACAUCACCACCAACCAACUGCACAAGUUCCUUGCCGGGACUACGGCCGUCCGCCCGCUGGUUACCAUGGGCAAGGGUGUGGCCGACCUCGUACUUCUGCCCGUGCAGCAGUAUCGGCGCGACGGGCGAGUGUUACGGGGCUUGCGGAAGGGCACCCAGUCUUUCCUUCGAGCGAUCACGAUCGAAACUCUGCACACCUCGCACCGCGUGGCGAGCUUUGUCAGCCGUACCCUGGACGAUAUCGUCGCCCAGCCGGGCGCUCAGGCGUCGCUGCGAGGCCUGGAGUACUACGAUGAACAGCCGACCGGGGUUAUUGAUAGCCUCGAGCACGCGUACGAUACGCUUGCGAAGGAGGUGCAGGUCGCAGCACAGACCAUCAUCGCCAUUCCUUACGAGGAUCAAGAGGAGGUGGUAGGGCCGCAUGGGAGGUCGUACGUGCGCUCCGUUGCGCGAGCGCUUCCAGUUGCGGUAUUACGACCAGUUGUUGGUGCGAGCGAGGCGGUGUCUUGCACCUUGCUGGGAUUCCGGAACUAUAUGGCACCCGUUAUGCGGAAAGAGGAAGAGAUGAGGUGGUCAUAGGUAGUAUAGAGCAAAGGGCAAAGCUGUCGGCGAGAUCGGUGCACACGGGCGGUCGGUCUGUAUUUCCUCGGCCCGGUGCUGCGGUAGCUGUCGUUUGUGGAAGUCGAGCGUUGUCAGUACCCUUUCCUAGAUAUAGAUACAGAAGGCCCCCGAUUGCUCUCUGUCAUUUGGGCCAAUCGGACGGGGUGGAGGGAGCUCACGUAGCAGCAGUCCAGGCUCGUGCGUUGUAGAAAGUUUUUCGGUGUAUGUAACGUCAUCAGCGUGGCACGCGUGUAGGAAGGACCAUGUAGUAUAUUAGGGUCUGUUGAGUUCGUUCGUGU